AUAACGCGGCGGGGUCGGAGCGGCGCGGUGAGGAGGUGGUGGUCUUGGUCCCGCUGGUGGCGGCAGCACGCACCUUGGCCGCACCCGCCAGAUCCCACCGGUGUCACCCGGAGGCGUGGCGCCCCGGGGGUCGCGGGAGCCCGGCGCUUAGCCUGCCGGCCCGGGGCACGGAACUCGGCUGCGGCGCGGAUCAGCUAUGGCCGAAGGACGCGCUGCCGGCGAGUGGGAGAUCGACGUGGAGAGCCUGGAGGGGGAGGCGGCCGAGGGCCCCGGCGCGCCGCGGGAGGAGGAAGAGGAGGAAGGCGAGGAGGCGACGGCGGUCCCGCGGCGGGGCGGCGGCGGGGAGCCGCGGAAGCUGAGCCGCACGCCGAAGUGCGCCCGGUGCCGCAACCACGGCGUAGUGUCAUGCCUGAAGGGCCACAAGCGGUUCUGCCGCUGGCGCGACUGCCAGUGUGCCAACUGCCUGCUGGUGGUGGAGCGGCAGCGGGUGAUGGCCGCGCAGGUGGCACUGCGCCGGCAGCAGGCCACCGAGGACAAGAAGGGGCUGGCCGGGAAGCAAGCGAGCCUGGAGCGCAAAGCUGUUUACCAGAGGCACGUCCGGACGCCCAGCCUGCUGGCCAAGAGCAUCUUGGAAGGUUACCGUCCUAUUCCAGCAGAUGCUUACUUGGGAGGAAACUCACCUUUGCCGCCCCCUGUAAGUGACAGGAUGAGAAAGAGACGGGCUUUUGCUGAUAAAGAGUUGGAGAACAUUAUGUUAGAAAGAGAGUACAAAGAAAGAGAGAUGAUGGAAGCUACGCAAGCAGCUGCCCUCUUCCUGCCGGACCGCAUGGUGCAUGGAGCUGAAUACAACACGUACAAAACUGCCUUCAGCCCUGCUCAGGUUGACGCUCCUGGCAAGGAGUUCUGCAAUUUCUUACCAGCGUGCCUUGAUCUAACCAUGCAGUAUUCGGGAUCUGGCAACAUGGAACUCAUUUCUUCCAAUGUCAGUGUGGCUACUACCUACAGGCAGUAUCCUCUGCCUUCCAGGUUCUUAGUGUGGCCGAAGUGUGGCCCCAUUAGCGAUGCUCUCCUCUACCAGCAGUGCCUGCUAAAUGCUACCACCGUCCAAGCUCUCAAACCAGGGGCAGGCUGGGAUGCCAAGGUGGCACAAAGCUCGGAAUGUCCGAACACUGAGCAGGACAUCAUGUCUCCAAAACUGGAGAAUCCGCUCUUCCUGACCCAGACGCCUGACAUCCAGCAGGCAUGCAGCGAGGUGCUGUGCCUUCCCCAGGAGGCUCGGGAGAGGUCAGCCUUCUCUCCUCCAAAAAGGACUUUCUCUCAGAUUUCUGAUAAGGAUUCUCUGGCUCCUCAAGAACAGCCAUUGUGCAAAGUCAGCAAAGACACAGCCAAGCCCGCUCCACCUCUCAAAUACAAUCCAUUUCAGUCGCUGUUCCCGCAGACAUUUCCAGACAAAUCGGGAGCAGAGCCGAGGGCGUCAUUUAUGAAAGAGACUUUUGAAGAAGCAUCUAAGAAAUUUAGGGAGUGCAGCAUUAAAGAGAACCAGAAGUACAAGUUUACUAUAGAUAAAUGUGCAAAAGACUUCUUUGGACCCAAGCAGUCCACAACGAAACUUUCAGCAGCUGAGCCACUGUCGUUUUCAGUUGAAUCCAUCCUUAAAUGACCCGCAGAGGCUAAUGUCUCCCAGUGAAUAAAUUGCACCAUCAGUGUAGAGAGCUUGUAUGCUUUGCCUUCUGCAGUAUUACUACUGCCCACCUUCUCUCUUAAGAGAUUUGUAAAGAGGAGUUUCUGCUGUAAGUGGUAUUUCCUUCUUUUUUCUCAAAAUGACGUACAUAAAUAUGCAUGUUUUCAGAAAAAAAGUGAAUUUAUUUUUAAAAAUUGAAAUGGCACAUACAGACUGUAGUAUUCUUUUAAGCAGAACUUCAAACCACUGAAUAAAAUGAGUUUACCUGCAAAACAGAUUUUCUUUGCCAUGCCAGUAAUAUCCCCUGAUCUUAGUUGUGUCUCUAGUCUCUUGCAGACAAGUGUGCUCUGCUGUCAGAACACAUCUAUUGCUUUGUCCACUGGUACUGAUGUACUGAGUUAUCUUGGUGGGGUACAUGGUCACCCUGCUUUCACCUUCCAGUAACGAAGAGAAGAGAUGCAUGUAGGCUAGUGUGAAUUGGAAGACUUUUUUUAUCAAGUGAAAUUUGCGUCAGAUUCCAAAUGCUGUUCUUAAUCUGAAGGUGAAAUGCACGCUAGAAUAUGGACUGACUUACCCCAUACCUCUCUACAAAAGCUUCUGUUCCUAAAGCAAAGACUUACUGGGUAGACUGUGUUUGGGGAUAAUUUUUUUGGGAGUUUUUUGGUUUUUUUGAGUUUUUUUGGGGAUAAUGAGUUCUUUUAGGUGAGUUUUUGAAUAAAAAGUUGGCUUUUUCUUUUUUUAAUUCAAUAUUUGAAUAAACAUUUUUAUUUUGAAUAUAUGUAUUUGGCUGACUUUGCUGUUCCUCUGGGUUUUCACUCCUUAGAAUAUUUCCAUUCUAAAAACAUUCACCUCUGACCUGCUGUACUUGGGGAUUCUUGAGCUGUGGUAAUCGGAAUGACUGUAAAAAUGGUGCAUGGAAUCCUUAUUGCUAGUGAGAAAUCAAGUCAUGAUCUGUCAAUUUUGUAAUUCUAGGCCCUUUUGCAGGGGUAAUAGAAAGAAAUGAGAAGAAGCAGUAGAAUUUACCCAGGAAACCAAGGUGCCUUCACUGCUGUGGCACAAGGCAUUACAGUUCUCACUGUGAAUGAGCUCCAAGAAAACUUUCUGAACUUGUGAGAUUUUGAGUUUUUCCGCAUAUUUCACUGUUGGCCCUUCCACUUAUUGCUGGUGCCCCAGUUACCUCCCUUAACACUUCAACCUGGCAGACACUGCUUGGCCAGCUGAAGGGAGCUGUAGCUUGUUCUUGAUUUUUGUUAUUUUCUAAGGACAAAUUCUGUUUGAUGUUUCUGAACAGAAUGUAUAGAAUCAUAGAAUCAUAGAAUGGUUUGGGUUGGAAGAGACCUUUAAGAUCAUCUAGUCCCAGCUCCCCUGGUAUAGGCAGGGACACCUCCCUCUAGACCAGGUUGCUCAAAGCUCCAUCCAGCCUGGCCUGGAAUGCUUCCAGGGAGGGGGCACAGUAUUAUUUUCUGAUCUUAUGACACUCACCAUACAGCUUGAAUGAUUAUUUUCCGUGAAUAAAUCUGAACACGAGCAUUGCUCUCUCUGUAUCUCUGACCGUGUUUGGUGUCGGUGCUGAGCGGUGUUGUAGGGGGACAAGCUGCUGUUUGUGCAUGGGGCAUGUUGUCUUCCAGAGUGCUUUUCUGAGCCCUGUGCGUGGCUUGAUGCUAUUGCCAGUCACCUCCUUCAAGCAGCGAGCUCUGCCUUUUGCUUGGAGAAAAAGCAUUUUAACA